AUGGCCUCCAUCGCCCGCUCUUCCCUGCUGCGCCAGGUUGCGACAAAGCCUGCUCUCCAGAACAGCAUCAUCGCGCGUGCUGCUUUCCACACUACCGCCAAGAGGGACCUCCUCCCCCCUCUUCCCCAGCGUGUUGUUGGCACAGUCAACGAUGCUGCCCCCGUACCGCCCCCUUCUCCCUCGCACGGCUCCUACCACUGGACCUUUGACCGUCUCGUCGCUGCGUCCCUGAUCCCCCUUACCGUCGCUCCUUUCGCCGCCGGCUCUCUCAACCCCACCAUGGAUGCCGUCCUGUGCGCCACCCUCCUCAUCCACUCUCACACCGGCUUCCAGAACAUCAUCGUCGAUUACGUUCCCCAAUACAGAACACCUCGGGCCCGCAAGGCUGCCAUCUGGGGCCUCAACGCCGCCACCGUCGUUGUCGGCCUUGCCCUCUACGAGUACGAGACCAGCGAUGUCGGCAUCACCGAGACCAUCAAGAGACUGUGGAAGGCUUAA